AUGGAGUCCUACAAGGUGAUGCUGAACGGGCCAGCACCUUGGGGCUUCAGGCUGCAGGGAGGGAAGGAUUUCAGCAUGCCGCUCUCAAUCUCCAGGCUGACACCGGGCGGGAAGGCAGCGCAGGCCGGCGUGGGAGUGGGCGACUGGGUGCUGUACAUCGAUGGGGAGAGCACCAGUUCCAUGACGCACAUCGAGGCCCAGAACAGGAUCCGUGCCUGUGGGGACAGGCUCUGCCUCACCCUGAGCAGAGCCCAGAACCACCUGGGGAAGCCGCAGAAGGACUCACUCCCCUGCUCUGAACCCCUGAAAUAUAACUUCGCUCCCAGCACCGCCCUCAACAAAACAGCUCGGCCCUUUGGGGCCAGCUCGCCUCCGAACCCACAGCCCGGGCUGCCCCCCAGCACCCCUGUGGUGUGUGACCCUGUGAAGUUGCGGCUGAUAGAGGACACUGAGGACUGGCAGCCCCGCACCGGGACCUCCCAGUCCCGCUCUUUCCGCAAACUGGCCCGGCUGACGGGCACAGAUAACAUGGAGGAUGGUGAGGAUGAACUUGUUAAAAAUCCCAGGCAGCCCCCACCGCUGGUGGAGCCCCCCAGCACCCCUGUGGUGUGUGACCCUGUGAAGUUGCGGCUGAUAGAGGACGCUGAGGACUGGCAGCCCCGCACCGGGACCUCCCAGUCCCGCUCCUUCCGCAAACUGGCCCUGCUGACGGGCACAGACAGCA